AUGAAGGGCCGCAGCAAUGGUGGUGGUAGCAGCUUGGUUUAUGGGACUGCCAUUGCCAUUGCCAUGUGUGUGGCUAUUCUAUUCGGAUGCCUAGCAAUGACUGCACAAGCAGGUCGUUCUCCUCAUCAGCUGCUCAGCAAGGUGGGACGGCGCACAACAAGGGCACUCUAUCUAGCUAGCAGUGGGAGCAACACAACAAGCGCCUACCAUACCGAGGAUAAUUGCUUUGAAGCUUUAGAUGAUGAGACGAAGACGAAGCUGAUCACACUAAUAUUUUGCACCGCGAAAUGCUAUUGCCAUAGCGAUCGUAAGGAAGACGUCUGCUACUGCUGCCAGCCUGAGCAAGGUUGUUACGACACGUUGCAGGAGUGCCAGGCCAAAUGCCCUGUCUGCAACCCUACGUGCCCGGAUGGAACAACGGCGGAUGGACAACAGCUGCAUGGAACAAAGAACGCCACUCUUAUAAAUUAA